AUGGACUUCCGACUCAUUGGUGUAUUCGAGUCUUCCUGCCCCUGUCGUGCCGACGACUGGGACCUCGAAAUCUGCCCAGAACCCAGGUUCCGGCUCCUCGUCUCCAGCAUGCCUGGGCCCAGCACAGGCCAAGGCCUGUCCGAACUCAUCAAGAUGACGCAGGACUGCUCGGUGGCCCUGCAGCGGCUUCGAGGACGUGGUCCCGGGUUUUCACUACUUGACACGCUCGAGCCGCACCGUGGCCGGAAAGGAACGGCUCGCCAGAGCGGCCGCGUGCACGAACGGGACGGCUACUGCGGACUUGAAAACGGUGCUCGGUACAACUGGCUGAACGACGUCGUCAUCGACUUCUACAUGGGGCUCGUGGCCGCACGUUCCAACGAGACCCCCGGCAGCCUCCGCGUGCACGCACUGACGACGCACUUCUUCAACGUGCUGAGAAACCGGGGCUACGAUGCCGUGCGCCGCUGGACGGACACUGUGGACUUGUUUUCGUACGACUUGGUGUUUGUGCCCAUCCACGACCUAGACCACUGGUCGCUCGCCGUUCUCAACAUGACGAACCAAACGUUGAGUUCUACGAUUCCAUGGGUCGUAAGAACUGGAAGGUGCUAUCAGGUGUUGAUGGCUUACCUGAGAAAAGAGCACCAGGACAAGCAGAAAGUUCCCUCUCACGCCGGAUUGUGA